GCCUGGGUGAUCUGACAGCCGACUUCCUCAACCCGCAGCCCGAACCUCGCCGCCCGGGGCUACGUCUAGCUGCUCCAGCAGCACCGAUGCGCCCAACAGAUGAGUUAAGUCUGAACUUCUCCGGGACCUGACAAUGUCCCUGUAUUGUGGAAUUGCUUGCAGGAGGAAAUCUUUUUGGUGCUAUAGGCUACUGUCAACCUAUGUCACUAAGACCCGGUAUUUAUUUGAACUGAAGGAAGAUGAUGAUGCAUGUAAAAAAGCCCAGAAGACAGGAGCAUUUUACCUCUUUCAUAGCCUGGCUCCUUUGCUUCAGAAAUCAGAACAUCAAUACCUGGCACCCCAACAUAGCCUAUUAGAGUUGGAAAAGCUCCUGGGUAAGUUUGGACAGGACACACAAAGAAUAGAAGAUUCCGUGCUGAUUGGAUGCUCCGCACAGCGUGAAGCAUGGUUUGCGCUGGAUCUAGGUCUAAAUAGCUCCUCUCCCAUAAAUGCUUCCCUACAGAAACGUGAAAUGGAGACAGAGCUCAAGGGGUCUUUCAUUGAGCUGAGCAAGGCUCUGCUUCAGCUGAAUGUGAAGGAUGCCUCCUUGCUAUCCACGGCUCAGGCUCUUCUCCGUUGGCAUGAUGCUCAUCAGUUCUGCAGCAGAAGUGGGCAGCCCACCAAGAAGAAUAUGGCAGGCAGCAAGCGUGUGUGCCCUUCCAAUAAGAUCAUCUAUUAUCCGCAGGUGACUCCUGUGGUGAUCACUCUGGUAUCAGAUGGGACUCAAUGCCUGCUUGCCCGCCAGAGUUCCUUUCCCAAGGGAAUGUAUUCUGCCUUGGCAGGUUUUUGUGAUAUAGGUGAAAGUCUGGAAGAGGCUGUCCGGCGAGAAGUUGCAGAAGAGGUGGGAUUGGAGGUGGAAAGACUGCAGUACUCUGCAUCCCAGCACUGGCCCUUUCCUAAUAGCUCACUCAUGAUUGCUUGUCAUGCAACUGUGAAACCAGGGCAGACAGAGAUCCAGGUGAACUUGAGAGAACUAGAGGCAGCUGCCUGGUUCAGUCAUGAUGAGGUGGCCAAAGCCCUGAGGAGAAAUGGCCCAUAUACUCAGCAACUGAAUGGGACUUUCCCAUUCUGGUUGCCCCCCAAGUUAGCCAUCGCCCACCAACUGAUUAAGGAGUGGGUAGAAAAACCGAUCUGUUCUGCCCUGCCUGCUUAGCUCAGAUCAAGCUGCCUCAAGAUCCCUCCUCAGUAUCCCAGAGGAACAUAUCAGAAAUCAGUAGAUAAAGGGGAGGUGACAAAAGGCCAUCUCCAGGCUAACCUCAUAAUAAGGCAGAGCAGAAGGUGAACCUACAAUAAGACACCUCUAUCAGCAGUGUUAAUGAAAUAAGUUCCUACUCAUAGGCAAUCAGAAAUGCCAAAACUAAUGAGAUUACAUUUGUGAAAAUCAGAGGGAAGGUUGAAGCAUUAGUUUGGAUGUAGGCCAUUGUUCACCCAUUUCUCCCAGGGGCCUUGGAAGCUAACAUCUUUUGGCAUGUGGCUUGUUAACACUGGUUUAUACUAACUGCCAAAAUGUGCUUGGUAUAAUUUUGGUUGAAACUUUAUUAUUUUAGUAUUGAAAAUAUAUAGCAAAUCUCAACCCACUACUGAGUUACUUUUUAUCCUCAUUGAAUUAGGAAACAUAGCACAACAUUUUUAAAUUCAUGUACAGGUAAUUAUUUUGUACAUGGUAGUUAAAUAAAAGUCAUUUCUUUAAGUCAUCUGAAGAGAUGAGGAAAGUGGGAGCUAAGGUCUUCCUCAGAGUACUCUGUAAUAAAUAGAUGCAAUGAUGUUCUGUUGAGGUAACUGUGUCCCACGGGGGCUCAAGAUGGGAAGGUUUUUUUGGUGUUACUUCUCAGUUUGUGACCCAAGGAAAAGACGAUCACUUUGCCAUGCCUGUUUUCCUAAAUGUAAAAUGAUUGCUGCUAUUUGCAUACCCAGUAAGUGUUGUAACUUCAACUAAGGGAUUAGUGAGGAUGAACCAUUUUUUGAGUUUUAUGGGAUAAACUAAAUUUAGGAUUUGUCUUCAUUUAUAUAUGCCAUUCUAUACCUUGUCAUAGGGGAGAAGAAUUAUCUGGAGGAAAUAAAAUAAAUUUCCACGUUUU